GCGGCGGCGGUGGAAGGAGGGGGGGGGGGGAGGCGGCGGCGGCGGCGAUGGCGGCGGCGGAGCGGAGGGUGCCCGGCCUGGACGAGUUCGCGGGGCAGAGCUGGAGCGCGUGGGUGCAGCGCGCGGCGCCGCCCGGAGAGCACGGAUCCGGGCUGGAGCUGGAGGAGAGUGGGAAAAGCAGCAGCAAGAAGCUGGACGCCAUGACCCUGAUCAAGGAAGAUAUGAGCAUCUUUGGCCACUGCCCGGCGCACGACGAGUUCUACCUGGUGGUGUGCAACCACUGCAGCCAGGUGGUGAAGCCCCAGGCCUUCCAGAAGCACUGCGAACGCCGCCAUGGGCCGCUCUCCAAGCUCUACGCCCGUGCCGCCAAGUGCCACGUCCCCGUUAACGGGACCCCCGGCCCGGCCAAGGCCCUGCGGGAGAAGCAUCCCGGAGCCCGCCGGAGACCCCAGCCCCUUCCCGAGCGGCCGGACAAGGAUAACAACCUCCUCUUCGUACCUGUGGUCAACCUGGAGAAGAUCCCCAGCAUCCCCAAACCAGAUGGGCACGGGAUCAAGGUGCCCCCCAAGGCCAUUCCCAACGGCUCCAAGGAAUCCCUAGGGAAACCCGGCAGCGCCGCGGUGCCGAAGGAACCCCCGGUGCCGGUUGGGCUUGGGGGGGAUUCGUCGGUGCCUGAUGAUGGCCCCGGGGGCAAACCAGAGAAUGGGCCUGCACCAGGGGAGAAGCCACCAAGUCACCCCCCCGGUGCCACCAAGACACCCCCCAGGUCCCAUAAGAAGCUGGCACGCAAGGAGUGCGACCUGAACCGGCAGUGCGGGGUGCUCAACCCCGACACCAACAAGCUCUGCACCCGCUUGCUCACCUGCAAGAUCCACUCUGUUCACCAGCGCCGCGAGGUGCAGGGCCGGGACAAGGACUUUGAUGUGCUGGUGGCUGAGUUAAAGGCCAGCUCCCGACGAGGGGACCCCCCCAAGGACAGGAGCCCCCCCGAGAAGGAACCGCCCCCCCCCACGCCGCAGGACCCCCCCUCACUGCCGCAGCCCCUCACCGGACCCCCCAGCGCUGUCCCCUGCCGAGCCAAGCUGCCCCAUUGCCCGCUGCCCCGGACCCGGCUUUCCUCUGACAGUGACCCCGAGGAUGCGCCCCCCCCCGGGGAUGGGGGUAUUGGGGUGUUCCCCCUCCCUGUGCCAAAGGGGGGGCCCCGGGUGUCCAGUGAGGACAGUGAAGAAGAAGGGGGUGAGGAGCCCCCCCGGCCCCCCCUGCGCCCACCGCGGCCACAGGCGUUCUGCACCUUCGGGAGCCGCUUGGUGAGCCCUGGCUGUUACGUGUUCAACCGGCGGCUGGACCGGUUCUGCGCGGCGCUGGGCUCCAUGCUGGAGCGGCACCUCAGCUCCCACAUGUGGAGGAAGAUCCCCCCCGCCGCCGACCCCCCCCUGCAGCUCCCCCCGGCCCCCCCCAGCCCUUCCCUUUCCCCUUGCAGCCCCCCCCCCCCCCUCACCUCCCCCGUGCCCGUCCCCCCCCAACCCCGCGUCCCUCCCACGCUGCUGUCGCCGGGGGGGUCCCCGCACGCCGCUGCCGCCUGCAGCCAGCCCGAGGGGGGGGGCUGCAGCCGCUCCAUCACCUCCCCGCUGCCCGCCAACACCCCCUCGCCCUCCUUCAGCCAGCUGCCGGCCGGCAGGGCCGGGAUCGCUUCCCGAGCUCGGGAAUGCCGCGACGCGGAGCCCCGCAAAUGGAAACCCCCCCUAAACGCCGGGGGUCCCCCUUACAAACGGACCUGCUCGGGGGGGGGGGACGGGCUCAAAAGCAAAGCGCAAAGCUCGGCCCCCCCCGGCAAGACGAAAGGAGCCGCCUCCAUCCCUGUCCUCAACGGCACGGCCCGGGCCAAGCGGCUGGACCACCCCCCGGGCCCCCCCACGCCGCCCCCCCCCCGCUGCAUCGCCGAGGAGGAGGUGAAGAAGAGGAAGAACGCGGCCACCUACUGCAGGGGGGUGAGAGCCAGGCCCGCCACGCCGCCACCCCCCCGCCCCAGCCGCCCGGGGGGGGCCGUCCGUAGGAAGAAGAUGGGGACCCCCCCGGGCUUCGAGGAGAAGCGGAGCGGCCUGAAGUCCAAAGCCCAUUAA